UGGAGUACCCCGCCAAUAAAUCACAUUAUACCAUGAACCAUGUCUAUCCAUCUAUUCUGAUGUCAGAUAAACCUCCAUGACCUCAUGCGCAACAGCCCGCCACCUAUAUAAAGUCAAGCAAGCAGACCAAACCCACAACUCCAAACGCUGCCCUAGUCUCAAGAUAAUGGUAUACUAUUACAACCACACAGCAAACGUUAUGACUUCAAAUAUCCCCCCAAACGUCACGACCCGAUCCCAGGAUCAAGCGCAGCAGCAGGGCCAGCAGAGCCAGCGCAGCCAGGGUCAACAACAGAGUGGAUUCCAGAACCCCUACCGCCAGGUAUGUGAUCUAUGCCGGAUUGAGGUCCGACCAAACAAAGCGGAGUACUGAGUCGAGGAUAGGGCCAGUCCACUGCGAUUCGCUCCACCGGUCCUAAUGAGCCCGAUGUGUCGGGCAAGUAUGAGCAUUUCACUCAUGACCAGUUGAGUCACCCUGACGAGUAAUGUUGGGCCGUCGCGAAAAGUGAUCAUGGGAUGUUGUUUUUCUUCGAUGUUGGAUAGCGGUGGUAGUGUAUAAUAUAUGUGAUCGUGGCAUGUCGUCCAGAUCUUAAAGAUCAAUGUGGUGGUAUAUUGUGUGGCAUUUUAUCAGGGGGAAAAUGCAUGUACAACAAAGUCCUUAAUGUUGAAUGAUAUUAAUUUCUGAAAAGGAAGUGAUUGGGGACGGUCUAUACGAACACGCCCCUCUGUAGUAGUUUAUCAUAGUUGGCAUAAUCAUGAGAUUGAGUAGAGGACAGUCAUAACCUGAAGCCCCAUAGACAAAAACAG